AUGGGCCCUAAUGCUGGCAACGGCGUGGGCGGCCUGGAGAUGGGACCUAUGAUGCAGGGCAAUGGCUCCAACAUCCCCCAGGCCACCGAAUACACCCUCCAGGGCGUCAUGCGAUUCCUGCAGACAGAAUGGCACAGACAUGAGCGCGAUAGGAACUCGUGGGAGAUUGAGAAGCAGGAGAUGAAGGGCCGCAUCGCCAACCUCGAGGGUCAGGCGCGGAGGGCCGAUGCUACUCAGCGCGUGCUGAGGAAGUAUGUGACUAUGCUGGAGCGAAAGGUUAAGGAGCAGACGGCUCAGCUUCAGGGUCAGGAAGCAGUUGAUGCAGAGACAGCGGCUAAGAAUGAUCGGGCUGCUAAGAUACAAGAGAAGCUUAGAUCUACCUUGGAGGAUAUGCCCGUGCCCGGCGUCGAUGGCGUUAACUAUGAGAAGCUCGACCGAGGUGACGAGGAAGCUCAACGACAAGAUCUUAAGACCUUUCUUGAUCAAUGCCAAUCCGAAUUUAUGUACCUUAUGAUUACCCCCGCGAACCCGCAGCCACCUCGAGAAUCUCCCCCGCUACCGAUCAUGGAGGAUCUGCGAGAAGUCGAGGCGUUUGGCAUGCCAGCUCCCCAGCAGCAAUUCCAGCUCCCUACACGAAAUGCUCAGAAUCACUCUCAAGAAAUGAACUCGAGGAUAUCUCAGCAGAAUCAUGCGCCUCAUGGUCAAAACCAGCAGCAACACUUUGGCCAGAAGCAAGAACACCAGCCUCAGCCAAUGGUGCGGUCCGAGCAUCCACCUGUCAUGUAUCAAAACUCUAAUGACUGGCCCGCGCCCGUGUCAGUAACAUCCCGACCGGUUGAAGAUCACAUGCCACAAGCAAACCAUGCGGCAGAAGUUUUGGGUGGAAUGGAUGACUCUGCUGAACUUAGGGAGAAACACUCUGCACAGUCCGAGAAUGAUGGAUGGGAGUUCCCUGAGGGCACAUUCCCUGAACCUGGAAACUCCCAGCCCAAUUCUCAACCUAACCGCCCUGAUACCGAUGCUUUCCCUACUGCUGAUAACCUCCCCAAGUCGCCGAGCCGACGAGACAGCUCCCACCGACGGAAAGGCUCCAUGUCUAGAAGACGAAGUGCCGAUCAUGAGCUAGCCUUGGCUGCCCAAAAAGCUGAGAGUGGUAAUUUCAAGCUCAGAUUUGGACUCCGAGGCCAUCUCGACACUGUUCGCACAAUCAUAUUCUCUGGAGGCGGUAGCCCCGGCGAGCCAGAAAUCUGUACUGGAGGAGACGACGGUAUGAUCAAGCGCUUCCACAUUCCUCGAUUAGAUGGUCACCCUGGCGGUCUUGCGCACACAGCGUCAGACCUUGAUGUUACAGCCAACUUUACACACCGUGGUCACUCAGGAGCAAUUCUGUGUUUGACAUCGUGGUCACCCUCGCCGAAUUUCUCAACUGGAGGUCGCGCACAAGGCGACGGCUGGAUAUUCUCCGGCGGCCAAGAUGCGACCAUUCGAGUUUGGGAGCGUGGAAGAGUCGAUCCUAAGGCGACUCUUGAAGGACAUACUGAUGCAGUCUGGGCUAUCUGUGUUCUGCCAGCAACUCUUGGUCAAAUAUUCGGAAGCUCAAGUCCUUACGGUAGCACGGAUCGUAUCUUGGUUGUUUCGGGUGCCGCAGACGGCAGUGUUCGUUUGUGGUCAGUGAGCGCACCUCCUCAGCUGAGCUCACCACAACCUGGAACAAACCGAGCCAUGACCGGUCGCGGAGGUAGAGUCCGUGGUAACUCGAUGAGCUCCGGCAGUGGAUUCUCCAAUACUCCCCAACCCACUAUCGCCUCCAACUCGCCUUUCAACCAUACCCUUGUACACAACAUCUCGAGGUCUGACGGCUCCACCGCCAGUCCGACGUGCAUCACACCUCUGGGUACCACUGGAGAGUCGUUCGUUGUCUCGUACUCAGAUGCCGCGAUUAUCGUUUAUGACACCCGAACCGGUGAACAAAUCGGCAACAUGGACAGCCUUGAAACAUAUGAUCAGUCUAACAAGACCAGCGUUAAUGCCGUUGUGGCGACGACAAUCGGCCUCGAUCAGGCUAACCAGAAUCACAGCGGUAGCAUAGGCGAAGAAGAUGCCGGCUCAGGUGCUACCGGAGGUGGACGAUCAAUGGCUGGUUCAGGUGUUGAGGGAACUAUCAUCUCUGGCCACGAAGACCGCUUUAUCCGGUUCUUCGAUGCCAACAGCGGCCAGUGUACAUAUAACAUGAUUGCCCACCCCGAUGCUAUUUCCAGCCUUUCACUAAGCCCUGACGGUCGUGAGCUCGUCAGCGCCGGUCACGACGCCUCCCUUCGUUUCUGGAGUCUCGAGAAGCGCACCUGCACGCAAGAAGUGACAAGUCACCGCGUGAUGCGCGGUGAAGGCAUCUGUGCCUGCGUGUGGAGUCAAGAUGGAAAAUGGGUAGUCAGCGCUGGCGGCGACGGCGUGGUCAAGGUGUUUGCACGAUAA